AUUUGGCGGACACAACAUCUUUGUUUGUAAUGUGGUGCUGAGGAUCGAACCCGGGCCGCACGCACGCCAGGCCAGCGUGCUACCGCUUGAGCCACAUCCCCAGCCCUCAAAUUCCCCUUCUUUCUUCUUAAUCCCACACUCAUCUCAACCUGAGCAAUCCAUUUCACUUAUGGUUUGUCCUCUCCCUUCUUGGCAUCUGCAUUUUUCAAUUGUUCUCCGAUUGGUAAGAGCACUUGAGGGUAAAGGAGGUAAGAGAGCUUUAUAUGAGAGGGGAGAGAGGAGUGUGGCACUUUUCCAAAGGCUGUCUCCUACACCAGCAGAGGCUCAGACAGGAAGAAAUGUAACAGUUGAGAACAUAAGGAGGGGGCCGUAAAACUGAGCAUAUUUUAACUGUGAUAAACAAGGUCAAGAUACUCUGACCCAGUCAUCCCUCACCUGAAAAUCUCUCUUAAAUAUUCCAAGAUAUAGAAACCGCUCUCUGUAUGGCCCUGUGGCCUCGCAGCAUUAGUUACUGAUGUGGGAAAAAAGAGGCUGGGCCCCCAAGGAAUUUUCAGGAAGCAGGUUUAUUGACUGCAGAGUCCAGAGAGGCUAUCACCUUAAACAUUCUCUGGACCAAGGAUUUGGAAAGUCUUUGAACUUUAUACCCAGUGGUAGGAGGGGCUCGAAGAUUUACAUUUUUGUAGGAGUCUACAUGACUGUAUUAUAUUUUUUUUCUUGAGUUCACAGAAAGUGCUUUUUGUCCCACUUUUUAGAUUAGUCAGAGGUUUUACAACAAAAGCAGAAGUGAUAUCAUCGAAUCUGUGGCCAAACUUAGUUUUUGCAAGCAGAAUAACUUAGUCCUCACAAGAAAUAGGAAGUCCUGUCCCACACUGAAUUUUUUUUGGUAGAAAUUUUUGCUAAUGUUCUAUUAUAAAGCUUUCCAACAAGAAGAGGAAUUUAUAUGUUACAAAUAUCAUGGGGGUUUCUGCUUAAUUAAGGUGCAUCAGAAGAUUGGGAAUAUGGACCUAGAGCACAGCCCGAUGACCGACAGUCUGGCAAUUGAGAAAUUUGAAUUGGAGAAGAAGGCUUUAAGAGAGAAAAGCCACAGUCACGUCAGCGCAGGAGACAGAGUCAAGAAACAGCAAAGAACACCGUAUAUAUGCCAAGGCUCCGAAUUCAAGAGUGCCAAGUCUUCCUUUGUGAAAAAGAAAACAGCAGAAAAGAAUCUUCUGGCCGAGCUAUACCAGCCUCCCAAAUUUAACGACUCUGGGCCCAACAAGCUUCCCAAUGGAGUGGACUUCUGCGACAUGGUGGGCAACGUGAUUCGGGCAGAGAAAAACACCUUGAGUGGCAAGUCUUUCUGUUCAGAGAGUGAAUUAGAGAAGUUUCUCUCUUCUCCUUCUCCCAGAACCUUGUGGCUGGAUAGCUUUUGGUGGAUGUUUCAUGAAAGGUACCAGCCAAACAAGGAGGUCCAGAACAGGCUUCUCGACAGGAUAGCCCGGCACUAUGCCUUCCUCUUGUUUCAUCAACCCAGAUCGCAUUUCGUGGAAGCACUCUUGAAAAGGUUGCCGUCACUUUUGAGCAAAGCCCUGUACACCAGCUUCUGCUGCUGCUUCCCGCAGUCCUGGUUCAACACCCACGAAUUCAAGUCGGACAUCUGCGACACCAUCAACCUAUGGAUGACAGGGACAUAUCCACGCCCCCAGGGCUAUAAGAGUUGGGACUACUCGGAACUGGAUCCAGAGAGAUUCCGGAGAGAAGAAUUAAUUUUACAGAGAAAACGACUGGCAAAGGGAAGAUAUUUCUCUUUCUUCACUCCUAAGAAGACGUUCCAGGGCAGGAGAUCCCACCGCCCUCAGUCUUCUAUCACACCUUCGGCCAACGACAGAGUCUCCGCAGCCAGGCUGAAUUCAGGAGAGAACCUGCGAGCCCAGAGUGCUACGAGAGAGCAUCGUCCGACCCUGGUCUUGAGGAAAGCCACACCACUGGUCAAGAGGAUAUCAGAAGCAAGAGAGAGUGCAAAUCUGCUCACUAAAGAGUCUCACCCUGCCUGCAAAAAGCCCGAGCCGUCGGCAAACCUCUUCAACGUGUACGGGAAGAGCCCCCUGAUCGUCUACUUCAUCCACCGCUACCUCACCCUGCUGCAUGCCGGCCAGGAUGUGUUGGUAGUGAGGAGGGAAAAUACCACGGUCAUCCCCGAGUCCACCCCGAUGUACGCCGAUGUCAUCAACUUGACCCUGAAAAACAUGAAGAUGCGAAAGGAAAAACUCAGCAAGCUGAUCGAGUUUCACGUGAAGGAAUGGAAUUCUUUCAAUAGUUACCUAAAUGAACUGCAGGACAACUUCUUGAGGGAGGUGACAAAUAUCGAUAAAAAAGAAGCAGAUAAAAAAAAGGCCUCUGCCUUCCUCCCACCUGCGCCCGGCUGCCGCCCCGAGGAGCCCCGGAGGAGACUCCGAGGGAGCGUUUUCAAGGAAGAUGCGUUUCUUUCAAGGAGGGAAAGAGAAGAGAAGCUGAGGUUUAACCACUCUCCUCUCUUAUUUCCAAGUCCUGAGGACCCGUAUCCCCUGGAAGUAGGAAAUCCCUACAGCGCCCAAGAUAUUUCUGCUAACAGAGAGGCAGAAAUCCCCAAGAGGUCAAAAACAAUGCAGAAAAAUGAACUAGUCGUCCUCAGCCUCUCUCCUUACAGUUCAAGGGAAUCGAGCCCAAGAACGGAGAAAAUCUUUACGGGUGAAGGCUGCUGAAUUCCGUCUAGACAAGAAACGGCGAAACAGAAAACUAGUACUGUGAUUUGGGACACGUCAAUCAUUCCCAAUCCACCAGACAAAGAAUAACAUUAAAGUUCACUCCUACUGUGGGCUGAAGUCAGGAUUUGAGUGGAAGUUAAUUCACCUCCUUCAUUUAGACAUGUAUUUACUAAUGCUGUCAUUUAUCUAUGUAUUAAUAAUAGUUGAAGGAACAGGUGUUAUCAUAUAACAAUAAGAGUAAGUGAGCACCACCGGCUGCUGAGUGCUCCCCUAGUCCUCUGUAAACAUUCUCUCAGUCUCCCCUCCUGGCAACACUCCGAGGUAGGUGCUGCCACCUCUCCCUCUCUCCCAGGAGGAACCGGGGCUUGGAGGGCUUGAGGCAGUGCGCUAAGUGUCUGUUCUGUGCCCUCCCCGCACUGGGCCCUGGGAAUACUGAGGAAGAGAGCUGCAGUCCAACUGCAGAGUGCUGCCAAUCAGGAGGAGGAUGAAGGAUGUGAAAGCCAAUAAAUACAUAAUGCUUUCAGAGAGAGAAAAAUAAAGAUAAAAUAGGAUGGGAGGCAGGGAAAGAGGGGAGAAGUACUAGGGAAUGACAGUGGCCAAAUUAUCUUGUGUGCGCAUAAUGAAUAUGUAACACCAAAUCCCAUCGUUGUGCACAACUAUAAUGCACCAAUAAAAAUGUAGAAAAAAAAAAAAACCUCUUGCCUAAUAAAUGGGGCUCAAAGGGAAAGGGAUAAACACAGCCUAAUUCCCCCUUAAGAUUGGGAGCCAUCUCACCACAAAGGCAUAAAAAGCUAAUUUCGGCUUUACUAUAAAUUACUGCGAUUUCUGCACUUGCUUGGAAUGCCUGCCCGGGCCUUGGACUCACCCGUGCCUGGCUCUCUGACCAGAUAGCAGCCCUCUCUGAAACUCUAAUGACCCCAUAAAUUUUGAUGUCGGGGCCAGCUAAAAUAUCAACUAGCCUUUGUGCUAUGCUUGUCAAAAUUUUGUUAACGGUAAGUUCUCAAACCCCCCUGUGUGUAACUUUCUGGGGUAUAAAGUUGUGCUCCUGGAGAGCUGCAGGGCUGUCUUCUGUUCCUGCGGUUUUCAGGAGAGGCAGCCCGGCUGGUCGGAAUUACAAGCUUGCUUUAAUUUGAUUUCAACUGGAGUUGGUGGUCUUUUCUUUGCGUUGUGGUCUAACAGAGGAUGGAAGGGAUUACAGAGAGAUCUAGGGGAACUUGGGGUGAGGGAAAUGCCCCAUCACAGUGAAGGCUCUUGGACUUAUAUACCCCGUGUACUUUAAGUGCUUUCUCAUAUAUAAAUUAUACUUCAAUAAAGAUGUUGUUUU